ACCUUCAGUAUCUAUAUAUCAGAGCAAUUUCUUGUUUAGUAUUUUUCCUUUAACACAAUAUCUUUCACAUGGCUUCCUUUGUUUCGACAUCAGUAGCUCCUUCAGCCACACUUAUGUGCAGUUCUACUAAAACCCAGUGCCACAUUAGGCAAAUCAAAAAUUUUGGUUCAAAGGUAAGUGGGCUUAGACUUGUGCCAAGCAUUCAAAUUUCCAGAGGAACAACAAAAACACCAGAAUUUUCCCAUGGCUUCAAGAAUCAAAUCUCAUGCUCAAUUGCUCAACCUGAAACUUUGGAAGUUGUCCAAAGCACAAUUGCCAAGCAGCUAUCUAUUGAUGAGAGCACAGUGACACCUCAGACUAAGUUUGCUGAUUUGGGUGCUGAUUCCCUUGACACUGUGGAAAUAAUGAUGGCUUUAGAAGAGAAGUUUGGAGUAUCAAUUGGAGAAGAGGGAGCUCAGAACAUUGCCACUGUCCAAGAUGCUGCUGAUAUGAUCGAGAAAGUGAAGACAGCUGAAAAUUGAUGUGUCAGUCUGAAAUUUGUCCAAUUUGAUACAAGACACACUUGGCCAAAAGUCAUUUCCUAGUUGUAAUUUUUUUGUGUUGCUUCCAUGACCAAUCCUUAAAGUGGGAGUUUAUUCUGUUCAUCUUUUUAAGAUUUGCUUCAUCACUUAUCAAUAACAAGCAAAUAAGUAAUUGUAGUAAAACUUGAUCUGCUGACCACUUAACUUUUCUGGCGAUAAGAACUUACGUAAGUAAUUGACGUUGUUUAAGACCAUAAUGAAAACGCCAAAAAGUGUUUCCUUUGACUCUUUUCCUAAUAUCUUCAGUUAUAGAUAUGUGAAGAAACCAGUUCUUGAUCUAAUUGAGUGUCUUUUUUCGUUUUGAUGGGUUGGCUGUAGCAUGUUAAUUGUAACAGAGGGGAUUCCUUUUGUUUGUUUUUUUUUUUUUUUUUUUUUUUUUUUUUUUUUUUUUUGUCGAGAGGGUGGUGGUUGGGUCAGGGGCAGAUUUCAUCAUAACUUAGCAAGUUUUAAGCUAGCUGUGGCCUACUACAACUCUUAUACUUUAUUCGAGUUUGAGACCGACUAUAUAAGCAAGCUCAAUUUAUUUGACAAUGAGGCGUUAUUGGGGAUUACAAACGGAGACUAUUGAUGAUGUCAUGUGAUAAACAGAGAAAAACACAUAAUUAGAGAAAAUUUCUCUUUUCUUGCUUUGUCGUGGUCAUUUCUUUUUUAGUCCAUACUCUCACUUUGGUAGCAGACAGCAGAAUGGUGUUCGAAAUUACUAGAUAUCUGUUCAUGAAAAUAGAAAUCUCUUAGGUAGUCUUAAAAUUAUGACACCAAUUUGAUCACCUUUUCCAUUAAUCUGGAAUACAAGCAAGGAGUCAUAAGUUCCUCGAUUCCCUUUUCUUUCAAUGUUUGUAAACUUGCAGGAGGAAAUUUCUGAGGUAGUGGAAAAGGCUCUGCUAUGAACAUACUAGGACUGUUUUUGGCGGCUAUAACGCCAGGGGUGGAUUGAGGAUUUAAACUUUAGGUUCGAUAUGUGGAUUAAAUCACUGAUUCUUUCAGUUACUGGGUUCGAAAUGUAUAUGUACAUAUUUAAUAAAAAUUUAAAUUCAUAUAAGCCAAAGCUACCUUUAAUGGUACCUCCCCCUGUACAGCGCUUUUGUUGGUGGGUUGGCUUAAUCCUCACUCCAGU